AUGGCGGCCAUCCAUGGAUACUCAGAGGGUAAGGAGGGGUCAUGUCUCAAGCAGAUGGAAAAUAGCAACGUUAACAACAUCACGGUGGUGGCUCCGCCCGGACCGAGGGGGGACACGGGACCGCCGGGACCGAGGGGCGUUCGCGGGGAGAAGGGAGAGACGGGCCGUCCCGGGAAGCUCGGACCACACGGCAUGGAGGGCCAGAAGGGUGGGAAAGGAGCUCCGGGACCGAAAGGCAGUCUAGACGCGGAAGGAUUGUGUGGAGGAGCUGUGUAUAUCCGGUGGGGACGGACAUCGUGCGAUGAGAGUACGGGUACUGUGAAAGUGUACUCUGGGAUAGCCGGCGGAGCAUUCUACAACAACAAGGGAGGAGGAAGCAACUUUCAGUGCCUUCCUACAGACCCGGAGUGGGGCCGAUACGAAGAUGGGACUCAAGGGUGGAAGUCCUUUAUGUACGGCGCGGAGUACCAACUCGACACAAACGUACCGUACGACAAGGCUACCUUUCACGACCAUGACGUGCCCUGCGCGGUUUGCUACAGUCUUUCCCGCCACGCGCAGCUGAUGAUCCCCGCCCGUAAGACCUGCCCGGAAGGCUGGAUGCGGGAGUACGGAGGCUACCUGAUGGCAGAACGUUACGACCAAGAUGGCCGUACGGAGUUCGUGUGCAUGGACGGGGAGCCCGAGGUGUUGCCAGGCGGGGAAGCGAACUACAACGGUGCACUUUUCUACCCCGUGGAGGCCCGCUGCGGCUCGCUACCGUGUCUGCCGUACGUGGAUGGGAGGGAGCUGACAUGUGUCGUCUGUACAAAAUAGACUGUCCACAGUCAUGUGACAGUGACGUAAUGUGGCAUCCGCCAUGUUGGUGGGUGAAAGACACGAGCGAAUUCAUGAUGUGAAGUAACACUCAAAGGCAAGAUGACAACUUUUUUGUCUCUCUUUGUCUAGAAAUCACUAUACUUUGAUAAUCAUCACCUUAAUUACCAUAAUUACCUGCAAGUUCCGAGUGACCUGUUUUCAUCUUAGACUUGUUCACUCCAUCAACAUAUUUGUACAUGCAAGCGCAAAUAGGAAAUGGGACAGUCGUGUCUUACCUUAUAUCAUGGAUCUGUUGAGUGAGUUAAGUUUUAUUCCACAGAAAACAAGCUAUCGCAGUCUACCUAAAAUAGGUCCUUAUAAUGUGUCUACUUCUAGUAUAUAAAUAUCAUUAAGGCUUGAGUCACAUUUACAAAUAGGGGCCCGGCCGGGCAGCUUUCUGGAGCGAAAAGAAUGAUAUAAAAGACAUCAAAAUACACAAAAUGUAAAAAUAAGAUUCCUGGGCAUAAUAUGUGUAUAUUUCUAUGUAUAAAAUAUAAUUUUCGUUUCUUAAAACAUCCCAGCCGGGCCCCGGUUUGGAAUUGUGACCUAAGCCUAAGCCAAGCAACCUGUU